GGUUGCGGUCGGGUUCGGGGUUGGGAUUGCGGUCGGGGCCGGGGCCGGGGCCGGGGCCGGGGCCGAGCAGGCGGCGGCGAUCCUCGGCGGAUCAUGGCGACCGAGACGCGUGUGUCGCGCUGGUACUUCGGGGGGCUGGCCUCCUGCGGGGCCGCCUGCUGCACGCACCCGCUGGACCUGCUCAAGGUGCAUCUGCAGACGCAGCAGGAGGUGAAGCUGCGCAUGACGGGCAUGGCACUGCAGGUGGUGCGCUCCGACGGCAUCCUGGCGCUCUACAGCGGCCUGAGCGCCUCCCUGUGCAGACAGAUGACCUACUCCCUGACACGGUUCGCCAUCUACGAGACUGUGCGGGACCAAGUGACCAAGGACAGCCAGGGGCCCCUGCCUUUCUAUAAGAAGGUGCUGCUGGGCUCCAUCAGCGGUUGCAUUGGAGGCUUCGUGGGGACCCCUGCAGAUAUGGUCAACGUCAGGAUGCAGAAUGACGUGAAGCUGCCCCAGAAUCAGCGCCGAAACUAUGCCCACGCCCUGGACGGCCUGUACCGUGUGGCCCGAGAAGAAGGUCUGAAGAGGCUGUUCUCGGGCGCAACCAUGGCAUCCAGCCGAGGGAUGCUUGUCACCGUGGGCCAGCUGUCCUGCUAUGACCAGGCCAAGCAGCUGGUCCUCAGCACAGGGUACCUGUCCGACGGCAUCUUCACUCACCUCGUGGCCAGCUUCAUCGCAGGUGGGUGCGCUACGUUCCUGUGCCAGCCCCUAGAUGUGCUCAAGACCCGCCUGAUGAACGCCAAGGGCGAGUAUCAGGGCGUUCUGCACUGCGCCAUGGACACCGCGAAGCUGGGGCCACUGGCCUUCUACAAGGGCCUCUUCCCUGCUGGCAUCCGCCUCGUGCCCCACACCGUGCUCACGUUCGUGUUUUUGGAACAGCUUCGCAAACACUUCGGCACCAAGGUGUCGCCUUGAUGGUCCUGGGCGGGGCAGGCUGGACCACGUGCGAGCCAGGGCCAGCUUCGUCCAGCAUGCUGGAGGGUCAGCAGGCCAAGCGCCGCCCUGAGCCCAGCACCUGCCCCGGUGCCCGGUCACCCGGGACCUUCCCUAGCACCCCAGCAGGCUCCUGCCGCACCAGCCUGCCUGGGCCGAGCCCAUUCCCAGGACCUGCGUCCCCUCUGCCUCCCCCCGCCCGCCCGGGCUCUCCCCACCCGGUGCCCCGGCAGCCCUCCCUGCCCCUGAAGACUCACUGGGAGGACCGGUGUCCGGGCCCGGCUUGGCUUUCUCCCUGAGUCGGCAGUUGGUGCUGGAGGUGGGAGGGGUGGACUGUCCAGCUUUCUGGGGUCCGGGGUUCCCAGAACCUUCUCUUCUGGCCCCCAAGGUCCCCUCUCACUGAGCGGCUGUCAGGGCCCGCAGCACCGUCUGGCAGCUUCAUCAAGGACCUGGGUGGGCAGAGUAGGGGGUGAGGGCCCCAGCGUUGCUCACCAAGUCACACGUGCUCACAUGCACUUCGUCUUUCUCAUCUUGGGACAGGGACCGUGGCUUUUCUGACACCCUGAAAGGUAGCCAUGCCCCGACAGCUUCCGGGCCAGUAUGCGAAUGACGCAGGGACAGCAUACGUGUGCCUGGGGGAGGGUCUGAGCAUGCGGCCCAAGGGUGCUGCCGGUGGCAGUCAAGCCCUCAUUCCCCUGCUCACCCACCCCAAGCUGCUUUAACGAUUACUUUGGCCAAAACUCAGCGGCAAGAGGCGGCUGCCAUCUUGAGGGAGUUCAUGGUGCCCCUCAGCUCCCCGGGCAGAAGUGGGCUGUGGGGUGUGCCCCCUGUGGAGAGUGGUCAUCACAAGGCCUCCCGUGGCCAGUCAGCCAAAAUGCCAUCACUGGGGUUCCGCUGCCAAAGCGGCCUGUCUCCCCAGCCCAGAGAGGGUCUGCAGGGGUGCUAAUAAAACAUGGUGAACUGC